UAUUCAGAGAGAGUGUGAAACCCCUCCCCAGAUCACAGCAUGUCACCAAAAGAUUCAAAGGGGAGAGGGAGGCAGACACAGAGACAGAAAGAAAGGAGAGGUCCUCGUCUAACACUGAUCUGGACAGCGAUUCCCUUGUUGACCAUGGUGGGCAGGUGGAUCCUCCUGACGCUCGCUCUGUACCUCUCUGUUAUCGUGGUCCUGUCAAAACCACCUUGUACCAAUGGAUUUUACCAUGUGAAGCAAAACUGCAUUGAUAAUAAUGAAUGUGCUGUUGACGAGGAUUAUCCUGAUGACAUUGGGCCAUGUGGAGAAGAUUCUCUCUGUAUCAACACAUUUGGCAGUUUCUACUGCCAAUGUAAAGAUGGUUUCAGAUCAUCAACGCAUGCUGUGAAUUUUUCAGCCGAAACAUCUGCAACAUGUAAAGAUAUCAAUGAGUGUUUGGAAGACCCAGACAUCUGUGGACGUAAUGCCAACUGUUUUAACACAAGUCCAUAUUAUUCCUGCAUUUGUGGUGAUGGAUUCAUCUCAACUACUGGAGUGGAAAUGUUUCACAAUGGCGACAACAUUACAUGUAGAGACAUUGAUGAAUGCCAAGAGGACGAUGUUUGUGGUCAGCAUGCGACAUGCGUCAACACACCAGGCAGUUAUCAUUGUGUCUGCAAUGCUGGCUAUAAAAAGAAAUCCGGCAAAUCAGACAUCUCUGGGAAUCAGGAGCAAUGUGAAGACAUUUGUAUGAUUGAUAAGACAAUCUGUGGAAAUGGAACCUGCCACCGUGGAGCCAGCGGCCAUUACUGUGCAUGCCACCCAGGGUUCACUAACUAUGGCAACAAUGGAUCUCGCUGCUCUGCGUUAAACUGCGAUGAUUUCAAUGAAGAUAUGAACAAUCUGACUGAGAAAUUUCCCGCUGCAUAUAACCUUGUGGUGGAGUUGAAAAAGAGUUUGCUAGAGUUUACAGAGAGUGAGAGUCCAACAGAAUUUUAUGGAGAAGACCUAUUAAAGAGGCUGUUGUCCUUGAUUGACGAGCUCUUGUCCAGUGGACCCUUCAAUGAUAACAGGAAAGUCUCCACCUUUCUGGACAUUGUGGAGAACGCCCUGAGGCUGAUAGGACCCUUCAUACAGACCCCAGGGACAAAUAUAUCCUCCAUUCACACAGAGCUGGAGCUGCGGGUACAUAAGGGGGCUGACUUACCCCGAGGGGCUGUGACUGUAUCAUCUAAGCAUGCUCGUGUGCACAUGCAGUUGGAGACAGCUGCAGGAGAACCCUCCUAUUACCCCGGCUUUACAACACUUUCCUUGCUGAGCUACGGAAACCUGGAAGACUCUGCAGACGGCUUCUUCGGUGAGAUGAAACCACCAGAGAAUCAAAACUUUAAAAUCAACUCCAAAGUGGUGACUGCCACCGUCAGUAACAGAAACACAAGCCACCUCAGCGAGCCCAUCAAGCUGACUUUCUACCACCUGACACAGUUAAAUAAAACUACCCACUGUGUGUUCUGGAAUUCCUCGGAGGAAGGAGGUGCAUGGUCUGCUCGUGGCUGCAGUGUGGUGGAGUCCAACGCUGAAUACACUGUGUGUUCCUGCACCCAUCUUAGCAGCUUUGCUGUGCUCAUGGCACUCUAUGAGAUGGAGGAUAAGUUUGAGCUGCAGCUGAUCACCUGGUUGGGUCUCUGCCUUUCACUAAUCUGCCUGCUCUUCUGCAUCCUGACGUUCUCAUUUAUCCGCUCCAUCAAAAGCCCAAGAACCACCAUCCACCUGCACUUGUGCAUCAACCUCUUCAUUGCCAUACUUAUCUUCCUCGCUGGCAUCUCCCGUACGGAGAACCGGGUUGGCUGUGCAGUGGUCGCAGGGCUGCUGCAUUUCUUCUACCUGGCAGCAUUUUGCUGGAUGUGUCUGGAGGGCAUCCAACUCUUCAGGAUGGUGGUCCUGGUCUUUAACACCAACUUCAGAACCUUGUACAUGCUGGCAGGUGGCUAUGGAGUCCCAGCUGUUAUUGUCGCCAUCUCUGCCUUAGCUAAUCCCAAAGGAUAUGGCACUGAAAGAUAUUGUUGGUUAAACCUGAAAUUCAUCUGGAGUUUCCUGGGCCCCGCCUGUUUCAUCAUCAUUGUAAACAUCUUCUUCUUUCUGAUCACAGUCUGGAAAUUGGCACAGAAGCUCUCGAGUUUAAACCCUGACCUGGACAAUUUGCAGAAAAUAAAGACAUUCACCAUCACUGCAGUGGCUCAGAUGUGUGUGUUGGGCACCAUGUGGAUCUUUGGAUGUUUCCAGUUUGAGGAGCACACUAUAGCCAUGUCUUACCUAUUCACCAUCCUUGGCAGCCUUCAGGGGGUUCUGCUCUUCAUCAUGCACUGUUUGUUUUCCAAACAGGUUAGGGAAGAAUAUGGAAACAUCCUCUCUAGAUGUUGCGCACCUCAGAAGAAAAGCUACUCAGAGUUCAGCUACUCCAACUCCAGCAAAGCACAUGCAUCCAAGAGCACCCAGGACACAGGAGAGUCUCACAUCUGAGGAGCAACACAAUGACUCAGGAGCAAAGUCUGACUUUUUUUCUACACUGUCAUUAGUGGCCGAUGCACAAGUUCGCUUUACUGUCAAAUGCUGUAAAUAGUGUCCUUCUUUAACACGAGCUGGCCUUUGUAUUUUUGACCUAUGAAACAAUUGAUUGUUAUCAGCUAAAACCUAUGAAAGAUUCCCUUUUAAAAAAGUACGUGUUGGUGUGUUUUACCACAGAUUAUUUGGUCAUCAACUGAAUAUCUCCAAAUGUUUAAAUUUCUCAUGGAGGGAAAAAAUGAUGAUUUAUCAGAUACAUUUUGUUGUGUCAUCCAUGUACUUUAUUCAACCCACAGAGAUAAUCUUAAAGAUAUUUUAAGAGGCAAGCACUUUCUUUCAUCCACAUUAUGUAUUUAAAAUUCUCACGUGACUGAAAAAGGACAAUUAUGAUACAGAGAUGGAUUUUAAAUGUAUGUUUGUGUAUAUUGCUGGGUAAAUCAAUAUGUAUUAAUAUUUGACUGCAUUACCUCUCCAUUCAACAUGCUGUAUUGUACCUGAACAUUUGAUUUUAAAACUUUUUAUUAUUUACUAUGCUCAAAUAAGUUUCAAAACUUGAAUUUUCUUAUUGAAAAAAAUACUUAAUGUCGCAAUCUCACAAUUUAUAUUUGCUGUAUUUUUAUAUUCUCUC